GCGGCCGUUUGAAAGUUGCUAGUGAUGAGGAAGAUGGGUCCUCCUGCUCGUGGGUUAAAAUCCCGCAUUCAGCCCCCUGCUCCGGCUAUGGAAAGGAUAAAGCAGUCACGGCUCGUGGUGAAUCAGGAGGUGCUGGGGAGGAGGAACCCGGCUGCUGUGGCUGCAGUGGGAGCCUGGGUGGAGAGUGCCUGGGGUCAGUGGGGGACAGAAGGGGAGAGCAGAGCUUUGCUUUCAGUCCAUGAAAUAGAGGAACAACUAAUACAGAACCAGAAGGAAAAACAAGAAAGAUUGAAACGUUUUCAAGGGGAAGUGAAACGAAGGGUGAAUCAUCACGCCAAACUAAGGAAAAACCAGCUGCUCCAGAAGUCUUAUGAUGCAAUUGCGAAGGAGGGAGUUGUUGUAAAACAAUCCUCUGAUGCUGCAAUGCACCUUACCCCUAAAAGGAACACCUGUCUGUAUCGAAAUACAGAGGUUGCCAUUUGCAGUCCACGUUCCCAGUUCGUUUCUGUACAGAAAAUAUAUGAAAAUGAAGAAGGACUGAAUGAAGACAAUAAUAGUAAUAAAUUAUUUAAACAGCAUUCAAGAACACUUAGUAAAACUAUGAAGCAAGUACGUUAUCGUUUAGCUGCUCUAAAGACUGUGGAGAAGGAAGAAGAGAUGGAGUUUCCAGGGGGGAUAUGGAGGGUAUCACCAACAAGGGAUAAUCCAGUAUCUCGGCGAUCUCCUACAAUACCUAGGCAAGAAGAUGAUACAGAGGAGCUGUUUUUGGCUGGAUAUCAUGACCUCCCACUAGAACUGCAAAUGCAAAAGUUGGAUGGUCUUUCUGAAAAGGAAGAUGCAUCGUGUUCCUUAAAAACAGAUAGAGCAGCAUGUAAUCGGUUAAUGAAGGAGUCCUAUCCUACUGGUCCUGCCCCAGCAUUUAGCACAGAUUACCGCGCAGCACUUGUACUUCGACCUGGGGUUGAUGAGGAAGAGAACCGAAAACAAAGGCAAAACCAAUAUCUAAUGUACAGAAGACUUUUUAUGGACAUUGAAAGAGAACAAGUAAAAGAAACGAAGAGACAAAAAGAACACGAAAAGAAAAUUUCAAAAAUCAAAAAAGAAAAAGAAUUUCAACGCCAGAUGGAAGAAGAACGAUUACGUGAAGAAAAACUAAAUGUGCGUGAAAAAGAAUUAGCAAUAUCACGUUAUAUCCAGGAUCAGACGGAAGCAAAUGAAAAAGAAAACAGAGAACAAACACAAAAAUCUAAAGAAUAUAUUCGUUAUGUGGAAGCUUUGAGGGCCCAGAUGAAGGAAAAAAUGCUCCUUCACAACAUAGAACUUCCUCCUUUGUGUUGCUGUGGGUCGGAUUUCUGGGAUUCUCACCCUGACACCUGUGCAAACAAUUGUUUUUUUUACAAAAACCCCAAAGCAUACACCCGAGCCUUGCAGUCCGUCCUUUCUUCACGGGACAUGUGGGAUGGAAACAUCAGUUCCAGAUUUUCAGCCUGCAACAUUACCACUGGACUUACUCGAUCGUUUAAAUAAUUUUAUAUCUGAAUGUGACUGGACAUAUUUAUAAACAAAGUGUUAUUGCACUAUAUAUAAACAAAUGUGUCUGCAUAAAUUAGUUCAUACAAAUCUGCUUCCUUUUGUAAUUGAAAUAAUGACGUUGCCAGUUUUAAAUAUAACUUAUGUUUAUGCUGUGUCAUUUUAAUAAACAUACUUAAAACGUCAA